CGCUUUAAUCACAUCCGGAACUGUUGUGUCUUCAGUUAUAUUCGCACGCGAUUUGCAAAACUACUAAAACUGGACAGUGAAGAUCUUCCGGCAGCCAUUGGUUUCGACAUUCAGGAGACCUCUAACUUACCGCAAACUAAGGACGGGCAUCUGCCAAAUGAUAUCAAAGAUUUCAUUCACGGCUUUUUUGAAGCAUUUUAUAAGAUAUACGACUCGGACGACAGGCAGGGCUUACUGCAGGCCUAUCACGACCAGGCGUUGUUCUCGUUGAGUAUCUCACGUCAAGACAAUAGUAGUCACAGGUUUGCCGAGAAACAGAUCCAAGAGUCGAGAAAUCUGUUGCGCGUCAAAGACAUCGCCCAUCGGAACAAACUGUUGAAAAGCGGCAAAAUCCAGAUCGUGUCGGCGCUGUGCGAUAUGCCGCUCACCCGACACGAGGCCGACUCCUUCCAGAUAGACGUGCCCUUCUGUAACAACGCGUUUGUGUUGGUUGUGGUGAACGGCGUCUACCGCGAGCUCAUCAAAAAGGCUCAGCCAUUGCGCGCCUUCUGUCGCACAUUCUAUAUCGUUCCGCAGGGCUCGGGCUUUGUUAUAGUGAACGACCUACUGGUGCUCACCAACGCCACCGUCGCUCAGAUUCAAAAGUACGGCAAAACUGUGGCUUCAGUGGGCGCUUCCGAUAAAGCGAUGUCCGAUACCAUAGAGUCGACCACUAAAUGGAAAGGCGGUCCCGGAGUGGGAGUGAGCGGUGGGGCACACGCUCUGACGUCGCCUACUAUUAACGUUAACGAGGAUGUGAUCCAGAGGUUUAUGGCGUUGACUCAUAUGAACCGUUCGUUUGCCACACAAUGUCUCGAAGAAAACGGCUUUAAUAUCGAUAAGGCGUUUGAAGUCUAUAUGGGCCUUAAGGCCCAGAAUGCCAUUCCCAGCGAAGCCUUUGUUCAUUAACGCCAAAAAGUUGUGACCAUUUUUUUAAAAGUAAAAUCAUCAUUGUAUUUUUCAGUACAUUGUCUGUGUUUUAAGUUAAAGCAAAACUUAUUUUUUGUUUAUUCAUCCGAUGUUUUGAAUCGUAAACUCAAACACUGUUUUUUG